GAUGUGUCGUGAUUGUCCAAUAAAAAUUACCAAUAUUUUGUAUUUGAUGAAAGAAAAACAGCAGUUUUCAAACAAUUUUUCAUAUUUAUAUACGAUAAUAAACAUUCCGUCUUUAAAUGAAGUUUCCAUGGACGAUAGAAUUAUGGAAUCGAGCAGCUCUAGUUGUCACAAGCAUUCUUCAACCAGUGUUGAACAUCCCAAGGCUAUCAUACACAUCGAUAUAGACUGUUUUUACGCUCAAGUGGAAAUGCUUCGAAACCCAGAACUACGAUCUCAACCUGUCGGCAUCCAACAAAAAAAUAUCGUCGUAACUAGUAACUAUGAAGCUAGAAAAUACGGUAUAAAAAAGUGCAUGGCCGUUACAGAUGCUAUUAAAAUAUGUCCAAACUUAAAGUUGGUUAAUGGUGAAGACCUGCAUAAUUAUAGAGCAGCCUCUAAUAAUAUAUUUGCUGCGCUUCAACAUUGGAAGUGCCCAGUUGAAAAGUUGGGUAUGGAUGAAAAUUUUAUAGAUGUCACAAAUUUAGUAGAAGAAAGAAUAAAAAGUGUUAAAGAUGAUAAAAUCACAUUUGUAGGUCAUAUAUAUGAAGAAUCCAUUACAGAAUGCCUGUGUGGCUGCCAUUUACGUCUUAAAAUAGCUUCACAAAUGGCAAAGGAGAUGAGAAAGAAAUUGUUUGAUGAAUUAGGUUUUACAACAUCUGCAGGCAUUGCACAUAAUAAGCUGUUAGCUAAAUUAAUCUGUCCACUUCAUAAACCAAAUGAUCAAACAACAAUAUUUCCCGAGCAUGGUGCCAGUUUUAUGUCCACAUUGCAAAGUGUGCGGUCCAUUCCAAGUAUUGGUUCAAAGACUACUGAAGCACUCAUUUCUCAAAAUAUUAUAACAGUGAGUGACUUACAGAAAGUAUCUGUUGAUUUAUUAAAGAAACAUUUUAGUAGUGAUAUGGCAGUUCGACUUAAGAACCUUAGUAUAGGAGAAGAUAAUACUCCAGUGAAGCAAACAGGUAAACCUCAGAGCAUAGGGCUAGAGGAUAGUUUCAAGACUGUCAGUGUAAAGAGUGAAGUGGAAGAAAGAUUUUCAGCAUUAUUACAAAGGUUAUUGGUAUUAGUUAGAGAAGAUGGACGCAUUCCAGUUUCACUGAGAGUGACAUUACGAAAAAAAGAUGUCAAGAGGCUUAGCAGCCAUAGAGAGUCCAGGCAGUGUCAAGUAUCUCCUUCCAUUUUUACAAUAAACCAUGGUGCUCCAACUGUCACUGAGGCUGGCCAGCAAAAGCUAAUGACUUUAAUUAUGAGAUUAUUCAACAAACUCAUAGAUUUAAGUAAACCAUUCCAUUUAACAUUAGUAGGACUGGCUUUUACAAAGUUUCAAGAACGCAUGACUGGCAGAGGUUCAAUUGUGAAUUACCUAAUGAACGAUAUCUCAGUACAGUCUGUGCUUAAUAUUACAAAUGACUGUGACACAUCUGCAUCUUCAAUGGACUACUCGGCAGCUUCACCCAGUAGUAGUACCACAACUGACCUCUCUGAUGGUGAAGUGGAGCCAUCUCCGAAAAAGCCUAAAAAAGUUAAUUGGAUAGCUAAAAGAAGAUGUUUAUCUAAAGAGGAAGUAGCAUCUCCUAGUAAAUUGAAGGUAGGUGAGCUCAGGCUAAAUUCAAGAGAGCUAGAGAAAGUUUCAGAGCUAAGGCUUAACUCCAGAGACAGGUCACUAACACCAAGAGCUAGCCCAGCCAAGGAUAAUCUUUCUGAUACAGACACAAUGAAAGAUGGUUCUGAAGGUGGAAAUUGUGAUGAAUGUCCAAGUUAUGUUGAUAAAGAAGUAUUUAAUGCCCUGCCUGAUGAAAUGCAGCAAGAACUGAAGGCUAUGUGGAAAAAUCCAUCUAAUUCAGAGUUGCCUAGAAGUAGUCCAAGAAUAAUGAAUAAAGCUAAAUCAAACACUAUCUUGAAAUAUUUUGUUCCACACAAAUAGUAUUAGUUAUAUGUCUUGUUAAUUAUUAUAAGUGAUAAGUGAAUGGUUUCUAUUUUUUCAAAUCAUACAUUUUUUAUUCAGCUGAUCAAAUACAUGUUUAUGUUAUAAAUGUUCUUGAUUUUAUUUAUAUCCUUUUUAAGGUAAAUAACAAAACAUCAUUUAAAUAUAACUGGGCAUAUCAUUUAAUUUCUAUAUUUUUUAUAGCUUCUGUUACCAUGGACAACAGUUCAUUAUAUUUGUGCACUCUUUGAAUAUUGACAUGAAGAGAGUCUGCCAAAUUGGUGUAUGACAUUACGUCAACAUUGAGUUGGAGCCUGAUCUUAUCACCAUCACUAAUACCACCACUGUCAUUGCUUUGUUGUGAUGCAUUUUCACGUAUUUGCUUUAAUCUUCUAAGAGACUCUUCAGUUUUCUGUACAGAGGUCAAUACAUCUUCUACAUAUUUGUAGUAUCUAAAAUAUUUAUUACAAAUUAAGUAUAAGUGCAAAAAUAAGCUGAAAAGAUAGGGCACAAAAUGUAUAGUGAUUAGCUAAAUACUUACGAAGCAGUCAUAACAUUGAAUAAUGAUUCAUAAAGUCCUAUUAAAAAGUCAUUAUUUAGUCUGUUUGCUGCACCAUCAUUAAAAUCUUUAAUAGCACUUGUAACAACUUCUAUAUAUGUGCAGGGUUUAGUUGGUAUACUGCGGUUAGUUUUUCUAUACAACCUUGGUAUGUCACUAACUUGCUUUAAUUGCAUGUUACAGAAGUCAAACAGUUCAUUUACAAUGCAUUCCUUGAUUUUCAUUUCAGUCUUGUGUAAGCCCUCAAUUGAAGAAUUUAAGCUUUGCCUAAGCAAAGACUUGCUCUCCACAAUUGGUAUUUUGCUUUCAACGAGUGCUAAAAAUUCUGGUAACCUGUGCAAUAAUGUUUCAGUGUCUAUAUAAAUAUUAAUACUGUUUUCAAUUAGGCUCUUAUUUAUGCUUAUUGAUUCAGAUAAGGAGUUUCUCUGUAACAAUAUGGGACAUAAAUCCUUUAUAAACAAAUCAUUCUGAAAAUGCAAUCUUUUGUGACAAAUAUGACAUACUAACUAUUGACAAAGUCUAUUAAUAGUCAAAAAUUAUGUAAACCAAAGGUUACAUAUAAUAC